GCGGAUCCGGGGCUCUGUGCCGGCUGUGAGCGGUGCAGGUUUAAGAACCGCGUGGGGCUGCGGUGGGAACAGAGCGAGCCGAGCCGAGCAGCAUGGCCCAGCCGCGCUGCCGCUCCGUGCUCAUCACCGGCUGCAGCCGCGGCAUCGGGCUGGGCUUGGUGAAGGGGCUCGCUGCCUCCGAUCCAUCCCCGGAGGUCGUCUUCGCUACGUGCCGUUAUCCCGAUAAGGCGCAGGAGCUCCAGCAGCUUAGCAAGCAGUACAGCAAUAUCAAGCUCCUCCAGCUGGAUGUGGUCUGUGAAAACAGCAUCAAGAAAGUAGUCAAAGAAGUGGAAGAAAUUGUGGGAGACAAAGGUCUGAACUGCCUCAUUAACAACGCUGGCAUCAAUGUGCUUGCCUCCUUGGAAGAUGUCACAGCAGAGACGAUGCUCACCAUCUACGAAACCAACACAGUCGCCCAGCUGAUGGUCACUAAGGCUUUUCUACCCCUUCUGAGGAAGGCAGCUCAGCUGAGCACAGGAAUGGGCUGCCAUAGAGCUGCUAUUAUUAAUAUGUCCUCUCUUGCUGCCUCCAUGCAACUCGUCCAGGCGAAUGAGAUGUUCCUCAAGGUCUACCCCUACAGGAUAGCAAAGACUGCACUGAACAUGAUCACCAGAUGUCUCGCUGCAGACUUGAAAUCAGACGGAAUUCUCUGCAUUUCUCUGCAUCCAGGCUGGGUUCAGACAGACAUGGGAGGAAACAUGGCUCCCUUGCAGGUGCAAGAGGCCAUCCCUGGUAUUCUCUCUGUUCUGGAUCGUCUUGGUGAAAAAGAAAACGGUUCCUUCCUGGACUGGCAAGGGGAAACUCUACCAUGGUAGAUGUGCUAGCAUAGUACAGAAACAGCAUGUUGGUCACUAUUCAACUUGCAUCAACUACUGUCUCCGUCUUCAGGGUUUUCUUAGAUUUUCAUAGAAAUAGCCAGUCUGAUAUCCAUCCCCUCUCUCCAGGUAUAUUCAGAAAGGUUUACUCUUCCUUGAUAUCACUACUGUUCUGCUCUAACACUUCCUGACAAUACUACUGUGCUCUUAGUGAUGGGUCUCUCCCACAACCAGCUAACAUUGAUUAAAAACCUGCAGGUUAUAUCUGGGGCUGGUUCCACUUUGCUUCUACAGGCAAAUCAGCAGCCUGCCCUCAGACCUGUUCUGACAGCACGGGCUCUUGGAGCCUGCUAUGGUGGGUGUGCUGGAGACAUGUCUUGGGAAGAGGUCCUCCACUUUCCUCCAGACCUGACUUAACUUUAUGGAUUUGGUACUUCUGUGUGUCCUCGGGUUCACAGCACCGGGCACUGGCUUUUUGUUCCCAGUGGGUGAUCAGCAUCCAGAUCUUGGGUUGGGAAUGUGGUUUUGUACAUAGAUUUCUGAAGAGUCUUCAAUAAAAGUCUCGUU